UUCUGUGAUUUAUUUUUUAAAAUAACCAAGACGAAGAUGACAGGUUCAAAUGAAUUUAAGCUAAACCAGGGCCCUGAGGAUGGUAUCUCUGCUGUCAAGUUCAGUCCAAGCACUGCACAGUUCUUGUUGGUUUCUUCCUGGGAUACCACUGUCCGCUUGUUUGAUGUUGGUGGCAACGCAAUGAGGAUGAAGUACCAGCACUCCGCCCCUGUUCUUGAUUGUGCCUUUUAUCCCCCCACACAUGUUUGGAGUGGUGGCUUGGACCUGCAGCUGAAAACGCAUGAUCUGAACACAGACCAAGAAACGAUAGUGGGUGCCCACGAUGCUCCUAUCCGAUGUGUGGAGUACUGUCCGGAGGUGAAUGUGAUGGUGACGGGUAGCUGGGACAGAUCGGUCAGACUUUGGGAUCCCAGGACUCCAUGUAAUGCAGGAACAUUCUCACAGCCAGAAAAGGUUUACACGUUGUCUGUGGCAGGAGAUCGACUGAUCGUUGGUACAGCUGGCCGGAGAGUCCUUGUGUGGGACUUGAGGAAUAUGGGUUAUGUUCAGCAGAGGAGGGAGUCCAGUCUCAAAUAUCAGACCCGCUGCAUCAGAGCAUUUCCAAAUAAACAGGGCUAUGUGCUUAGCUCAAUCGAAGGUAGGGUUGCAGUUGAGUAUUUGGACCCCAGCCCAGAAGUACAAAAGAAGAAAUAUGCAUUUAAAUGCCACAGGUUAAAGGAAAAUGGCAUUGAGCAAGUUUACCCGGUCAACGCGAUCUCAUUCCACAGUGUGCACAACACCUUUGCUACAGGUGGCUCUGAUGGAUUUGUGAAUAUCUGGGACCCCUUCAACAAGAAGCGUCUUUGCCAGUUCCACCGCUACCCAACCAGCAUCGCUUCCCUUGCGUUCAGUAAUGACGGCUCCACUCUGGCUAUAGCAGCGUCCUACAUGCACGAACUGGGUGACAUUGAACAUCCUGAAGAUGCAAUCUACAUUCGCCAAGUGACAGAUGCUGAAACAAAGCCCAAGUGA